AUGACGAGCUUUCUUGCACGAGAGCUUCAACGUCAGAAUGGGGGUGUAACCCUUCAACGCAUCCCUUCUACACGUCGUAUCUGCAACUAUGAACAUCUCCAUCCAAUCUCUGCCAAUAUUUGCAGUGGUCUCCUCACAGACGUAAAGGAGGUGCUCAAAGAAGCCGAAAGUUAUCAACGACUUCAAGAAGAGCUUUUGGAAAAGGCUGUCAAACAGGCUCAGCUUGCAGUAGACAUGUUGAAAAAUCCUCGCAUCAUUCCUAGCCCCGAUUUCACCUACGCAGAAGACGUCAAAUUCCUAGAACAAUUUGCCGUAAGUUACAAGCAAGGGGUUGGUCUCAGCGACGAUACUCACUGCAACUACAUCAUCAAAGUCUCUACCGUCUUGAAACGAGCACUCCCCACACUCGAUGACGAAUACAAGAGCAUCUGUCCCUGGUCUCUCAUUCUCAAGGUCAACUUCACCGAUCUCUGUCCACACCAACCAUUCUGCAAGCACAAGCAGAAGUACACCCAGUCUCAAGUUCCAGCAGGUCAUCCCCAUCCGCCUGGUGGCACUAUCCAUAGUGAUGUCAUGGGCUUUUGUCAAGAUGAUUAUGCUGUCCAGCCUGGUAAGACGAAGCCUGAGGGUUGCAAAGUCAAGAAAUACUGUGCACUUCGCCACAAGGAGGAUUGUAGCGGUAAGGCAAACCGUGAUGCAAUCAUACUCUAUGCAGUAGCUUGUCUUCAUAGGGAUGGACUUUGGGAGUAA